UCUUUAUCAAUUAUAACAAUUCUCUAUAUGUUGGUCACAUUUCUGUUUUGCGCCAUGAGUGAGUACAGUUGAUGAAAAUGUCUUUAUGGGGAAUAAGGAGGUCUGUUUCAUGUUUACUAACAGGCCUAUUUGUGAAAAAUGAUGUGUUUGGCCUGUUUGGUUGAUAUUCCUAAACUCAAUCCUGAGUCAACCCCUGAACCCCUUUUUUUUCUCCUCCUUCGUCAUUAAAGGACACAUAAGGACAGCACACGAGCACACACAGAAUGUAAUUUGUAUGUAUAUAUUGGGGCACACAGUGUUUCUAAUAUGAAAGACCACAGUGAAGCUACCAGAUGUGUCUCCACAGACACUCAUACUGUUCUCUGAGUAAAUGAGGCACCACCUCACCAUCUUUGUUUUACCUCCGACAACCGUCAGCUCCUUUUUUUCUCCUCAAAGCUUUGACAUGAAAAAUCGACACUCUCCUAUGGAUCUGAUUGUUUUUUUCCUUAAUAAGGCACCUGUCAAACAUGCAGACAGAUAAAUGUUUGGAGGUGAAUCAUGGCUGAAGGGAUGGAUUCUUACCGUUCGUGAGUCAGACGUGGGUUAUGUUAUUGUCUUAUGCUCGGUACCACCAGGGAAGACGAUGUGGUGGUCUGCACAUGGCAUGAAAACAACGGGCCUCUUUUUAAAGAAUGACCGUCGUAUGCGGUUCUCCAGUCAGAUGUUUGCAGUAAGACAUAAACUUAAAGAUUACAUUAAGAAAUGUCCAUCAUACAAAGGACCUCCCACACUAUAGGAUAUGAGAAUGAGCCUGGAGCUUGUGCUAAUGCUUCUUGUACACAGUCUCAACUGACUGUAUGAGAGGAAACACAUUAGAACCCAAUGACAGCCUGUUUUAAGAGGUGUCAUGUUUGCUCAAUUUACAAAAACCCAGGAAAAACAGUGCUGCUCAGUUCUUUGGUCUCCUCCAUCAUGCUGGUUCCAGCUUUGCUCCAGACCUCGCUGAUUCUCUGGUUGGCUCAGCAAACUCUGCAAGGCGGGGUUAAGCCUCAGAGUGUAGCCUGGGGGAGAAUGCUGCCAGCCAGAGGUGUUGGCAUUGGAGUAAAACCUGGAGCAGGUGCCCUUGGAGCACUGGGGAGCCGAUAUGGCAGCAAAGCAAUGAAGACUGGAAUUGGACGUUAUCCAGCGGCUCAGCCUGGUGCUGGGGGUUACAGAGCUCUCGGAGUAGGAGGUAGAACAAGCCUGAAGCAAGGUGGAUAUGUCCCCCAGGGAGCCAACGGCGCCAGUCUGGGAUUGGGGGCUGGACUUCCAAAUGGACUGGGAAUGGGUUUGGGCCAGGGAGGGAAACGUGUUUAUGGCGCCGGCGUUGGCACUCUGCCAGGAUAUGGGACUGUACCCGGCAUGGGCCAACCCGCAGCCCGAUCAGGUGUGUCUGCAGCAGACUUGGGCCAGGCUGUUCAAGAUCUGAAGACAGCAAAAAGCAGAACACUUGGUUCCUUGUUCCUUGGACCUGAAAUGCCCGACAUGAGGAGAAGCAGUAUAAUCGGUCACACUGCUCCUGAAUUACAGAAAGAAACUGGCUUCAGACCUGAUGUACUGUCACCUGGAACACAGGUCAAAAGCCUUGAUCCACUAGUAAAGUCACCGAGUCUUGGACCUACGACAUUUCUUGAUAAGAUAAGUAGAAGUCUUGGUCGGCCCGUUCCACCAGCACGAGGAGGAGAAAUUUAUGGGCUUACAUUCUCACAAAGAAAGAGCACCGCAAGCCAUGGAGCCACAAUGGCCACUGGAGGUGCACGACAGCAACACCCUGUUGAUGAAGACAACAUCAGAAAUCUGGGUUCCUCCAGAGACUACGAUUCAUCUAUUCAAAAAAGUCAGCAAGCCAGAAACUAUGGAUCCACUAGAGAUUUGUCAGAUGCAUCAGAAAUAGAAAAAUACCGUGAGCUGUUGGCUUCAGAAGCACAGAGGGCUCAAGGUUUAGCGCCUCAGCCUCGUAUUGGUAAAGACGGCAAACAUCUCGGUCUUGCAACUCCUCAAGCACAAGGAGAGGAAACAUAUCGACUUUCACAAAGUCAAGAUACCAGAACCUAUAUAUUCUCUCUUCCUCCACCGAGUCAGAGAUCCAGAAUAUAUUUAUCUGCUGGAGCAGACGGGCAGGGUAUUGAAAACCUUGAGCUUGCAGGUAAAUACCCAAACAGCCUUAAAAUCAGUGGGACUGUAGUUGCAGAAAACCAUAAUCAGGCUUCUGCAAAUCCUCAAAUGCAAAGAGUGGAGAGCGAUGUACCGGUGAUCCCAGGUGCAAGUGGAACCAAAAAUUUAGCUUCAGCAGGAGGGCAAGAAGGAAAAGGCCUUUUCCAAGCUGAACAUGAUGGCAGAGAGCCAAAAGCUCUCGAUAUCCCAGAGCAGACUGGGAGGAGUACCCAGGGAACAAGCUAUAACGGUGGAGUGGGAACCUAUCCUGGAGCAGGCCUGGGCCCUGGAGGCUACGGUCCAGGUUUGGGACAGGGAGCGUACCUGGGUGGCGCAGCUGGAAAACUUGGAGCUGCUGCUCUUGGACAGGGAGGGUAUCCACAUGGCGUUGCAGGGAAGUCAAACGGCUAUGGUGAUGGAGCAGCAACAGGAUACCUCGGUCCAAUGGCGGCCAAUGGCUACGGUUACCCAAAUGGGAAUGGGAAUGGAAAUGGGAAUGGUUAUGGCGAUGGCUAUGGAGCUGGGCAUGGUUACCCUUCAGAGUUAGCUGAUGUUGCUGAGAACAAAGCAGGGAAGAGUCAAGGAGCCUACGCCGGACAGCCCCAGGCAGCGUAUGGACCACUUGGUGCAGGACUGGAAUCGCCCGCCGGUAAAUAUGGAGGAGGAGCUGCUCAGGUUCCUUAUGGUGGAGCUCCAGUGAUUCCCACUGGACUGGAGGGUGACGUCGGCUACCCGUACGGCGCUCAACACCUCGGCCCCGUCGGUGAAAGCGCCAAAGCCUCAAACAAAAAUGGAGCCGGAGCAGGAUACGGAGUUCAUCAAACAGGUUACGGCGCACAGCUAGGAGCAACUCAAGAUGUCUUGGGAGAACCAGUUGGCAAAUAUGGCGGCGCUAAUGGAAAUGGAUACAAAGGCUAAUUCAAAUGAGCUGGACUUCUUCAAGUGGAUCAUUUCCAUCAUGUGUUCACUGUAAUGUGUUUUUAAAGCUUUUUUUGUGUCUAUUCUGUCCAGUUGUGUUGUCUGUUUUGUCUUUUUUUAAAUUUAAAAAAAAAAAAUUGUUAAAAAGCCCCUUGUCUUUCUCUGUAAGUGGAGGUUUGCUGUGCCCCACCAGUCUCAUUCUGUCAAAGACUGGUGGUGAACAUGAAUAAGUGCAAGAAAAGUGUCUCUAUGUUUCUGGAAUGAAUAUUAAAAUGAUGAAAUUUACUGUUUUAAUCCAAUAAAUUAUAAAUCAAAUGAUGCUGAA